GUCUUCAAAGUCUACAAAUGCAAAAUCUACUGUGCAGCAAGAGAAAUGCUCAUCCCAAAAGGUGGCAACCGUCAAAUUAAUGAUCUCUGAAUCGUGCGAAGAUAAUUGGCAGGGAAUAAUGGAUUACAACUUUACUUACAACUCAACGAACCACACGGACAUAAGUUGCGUGGUUGAUUUGUCGUUUGUUGGUCUGUUCAAUCAGGUCCUUUACGUAAUCGUCUUUAUCGUCGGAGUCCUUGGGAAUUCUUUGGUUAUAUACGUCAUUCUACGCUUCUCAAGUAUGCAAACCGUCACGAACAUGUACAUCGUGAAUUUGGCGAUCGCAGACGAGUGCUUCCUAAUCGGUAUACCGUUCUUAGUGACGACGAUGAACGUCCACAAUUGGGUUUUCGGUAAAUUCAUGUGCAAGGCAUACAUGACCACGACGACUAUCAAUCAGUUUACAAGCAGUCUCUUCCUGCUCAUCAUGAGUGCUGAUCGCUACGUUGCUGUGUGCCAUCCUAUUUCAUCCUCGAAGAUACGCACGCCUUUCAUCUCCAAAAUAGUUUCGUUUACCGCGUGGACUACUAGCAUUCUCUUUAUGAUACCGGUCUUUCGUUAUGCGGACACCAUGGAAUACCCAAAUGGGCAUGCCAGUUGUAAUAUCUUUUGGCCCAAUGACCGCGGCGGCCAGACUGCUUUUAUUCUUUACACUUUCAUUCUAGGCUUUGUCCUUCCCCUCAUAUUCAUAUUAAACUUCUACUUUCUAGUGAUAAAAAAGUUACGAACAGUAGGUCCGCAAAACAAAUCGAAGGAGAGAAAGCGGCAUCGAAAAGUUACCAGACUAGUCUUAACGGUGAUUACUGUGUAUAUAUUCUGUUGGUUACCCUACUGGGUAACCCAAUUAGCUUUGAUAUUCACCCCACCGAGACAGUGUCAGACCAGCAUGAGCAUCGCGAGCUUUCUCUUAGCCGGUUUCCUCAGUUAUAGCAACAGCGCAAUGAAUCCGAUCCUCUAUGCUUUCCUGAGUGACAACUUCAAAAAGAGUUUCCUAAAGGCAUGCAUCUGUGUAACUGGAAAGGACGUGAAUCAACGUAUCAACGAGAACAGUGUAUUUUUCCGGAAGAACAAAGCUAACGCUGACGGACUGCAAACUAACCCUGGACACUCCAGGCUAGAGCUCAACGACGAGGAAGGGGAAAAGGGAUUACUUUUCAGCAAGACUUCCACCACGGCGGUAACCAUGACAUCACGAUCAAACAUUACAAUUAUCAGUGAAUCCAAGAACUUGGCGCAGAAGAAAAAUGUUUUAACUAAGAGAGGUGUGCAGUUAGCUUUGACGACGCAAGUUUAAAGUAUAAUAUUAUCGCCAGAAUUACUGCGACUUCCGAAAGAGAACUCUUAAAGAAGAAUGAUAAAAGCCGGGGGUGGGAAGGGCAUUGAUUCGAUCGUCAGAUCCUGGGUUAAGGUAGUUCUUUCCCAACUAUUCUAGUCAAAAUGAGACUUGAUCAACCACCUCAACUUCUUUACUUUUUGGCCAUUUCAUUUCUAGUUAACGCAU